AUGUGGAAAGAGAAGCCCUAUAGAUGUGAUGAAUGUGGAAAAGCCGUUAGUGGCCCCUCAGGGCUUAUUCAGCAUCAAAGAACACACACAGCAGAGAAGCCCUAUAAAUGCACAAAACGUAGAAAAGCCUUUAGUAGAAGUAAACACCUUACGGAACACCAGGGAAUUCACGCUGGAGAGAAACCCCACACAGGUAAACAAUGUGGUAAAGCCUUCAGCCAGAGCUCACACCUUAUAAAACAUCUAAGAACACGCACUGGAGAGAAACCCUAUAAAUGUAAGGAAUGUGAAAAAGCAUUCAGCCAGAGCUAA